AGUGUGUGUGUACGCCUUAGGACACCGAGUAUUACACGUCACCUGUACAGAGGUGGGAGGUAGCGGCGUACUCAACAGGAGACUUGGUCUACGAAAGAAUCAAUCAUGGAAGGAACGCGGGAGAAAGAUGGUGUGGCAGUUUGUGGUGAUGGCAGCGCUGACAGCAGCCACCAGCGUCCUUGCAGAGAAUCCAGCCUGGAGAAAAGAGGACAAGCUGCGUGAAGACCUGCUAAAAGGCUAUAACAAACACUCCUCCUCACCGCACCGUCAACGGCACGACCACUGUUUACUUCAGAUUCCUGGUUAUGAGCAUAUGGAUCGAGGAAGACAAACAAAUAUUAAACAUGAACUUAUACGUCCAAAUGAUGUGGAGAGCCCGAAGCUCACCUGGGACUACAAGGACUAUGGCAUGCUGAGUAAGCUGCACCUGCAAGACCAUAUGGUUUGGCAACCAGAGCUCCAACUGUACAACAACGCGGACCACACCAUGAUCGACCACUUCCAGAACGUCAAGUUACAAGUGAACUCUAAUGGAACUGUGCUGUGGAUACCCCCGGCCGUCUUCAGAGCCGAAUGUCCCCUAGACUACACGCACUGGCCCUAUGAUACUCAAAUAUGUUCCCUCUACCUUGGCUCCUGGACCUACAACGGUUGGCAGGUCAACAUGCAGCUCCUUAAUAAUUCUUCAUUGAUAUUAACUGCGAGGUAUGCCGACAAACGUAACUCCUGGCGGGUGAUGAGUAGCAGUGUCAGGCGGGAGGUGACAACUUACCCUUGCUGCCCAGAGCCUUACAUCACGCUACAUAUGGUCAUCACCUUGGCCAGGACCUCCCCUUCCUUCGUCUGCACCGUCGUCCUUCCUGCCUGUGUGAUCUCGGUGUUGACGCUGGUACAGUUCGUGCUGCCCCUGCGGGAGCCGCGAAGACUGACGCUAGGGUGCAUGAGUCUGCUCCUGACCCUGCUGUUGCUGCUCUACCUGGCCACCAUCAUCCCGCCCACCGCCACUUCCCUCCCUAUUAUUGUCAAGUUCUACGGACAGACGCUAGUGGUGGUGGUGGUGAGUGUGUGUGUUAGUGCCAGCCUACUGCGUUUGACUGACAGCCGCCACCCUGCGUCCACCGCGCCACCACCGACACUCCUCAAGACCAUCCUCACUGGACCACUCGGCACCAUCCUUUUCCUACAACGUUACACCGACAAGGUUGGUCUGAGCGGGGGAGGGGGGGAGGACGGGGAGGUGCUGGAGGAAGCUCUCCCCGCCUCUUACCUCCAUGAGUGGAUCCUCGUCGCAGCCGCCGUCGACCGCCUCGCUGCUCUCACCUUCGUCGCCACCUUCGUCAUCACCCUCAUCGCCUACGUCUCCAGAGUCUAAUAAACUUUACUCAGAUCUGAAAUACAAAAAAAAGAACAAUGACAUGAAUAAGUGAAAACCUGUAAGUGUUCGCCACUAAGUGUACUCCACCCAUUGUUUUGUUACGAGUGACCAUAUUGUCAUUAAUAUUAAAUAUAUUCCACUUCCCGUAUGUUAAAUAAUAUUUCUUGUUGUGACUGGCUGACUCCCGCCUGGCAGAAAUUACGAAGAAAAAAUAUAACCAACACUUGAGUUGUCACAACCAUGGUCACAACAUGCCCGUCACAAUUUUGGCAAGACUAUGUAUAAAUUGUUGGUUUUAAGCUCUCUUGGAAGUAACAACAUAGUAGAAAUAAGAGAGAAAUGUCACAUACAUUGUACAGAACGUUUACAUUUUUAAGUAUACAUAAAGUAGAUCAAAUAACUGGAGAUGAUGACAGGUUCCUUACAUGCGCACUGAUUCAAACUUCUUUAUUUCUUAUUUCAUGCUAAGUCUUGUACUAUUUUACGAUUAUGAUUGUUCCAAAAGUUUCGCCUUCGCGCCAGUAAUUGUUGUACAUUAUAUUAAAACA